AAAAUUUCACCUAUCAAGACCAUUCAACAAUCAACACGAUCUGUACCAAUACUUCUUCAUGUUUACGCGAUUUAUAAAGAAUAUGCUCUAAAAAAAAUAAAAACAAAAAUAACAGACCCAUACAAAACAGUUAGCGAAAAGGAUAAAUCGUCUUCAAGGUGGCUUCGAUCGAUUUGCACAACAUUAGUCGAUGCUCCAGAUUGGUAG